CGUUGGGUUUCGUCAAUCAUCAAAAUAUUUCUUGCAUUUGAACCGGGUAAUCAAUCAUGAGAGCUAUAGUUUAUAUCAAGGCAUCGAGAAAAAGAGAAUACAGAGCCUUUGUAAAAGAGUUGCCUACUUUUAAGAUAACUGACAAAAUGUAUCCUGCAACAUGCUUCAAACAAUUUUCCGAAAACCUCCAUUAUGGCUGUAAUAAGAACCAUUCUGAAUGCUUACAAGUGGCGAGAAGAAUCAAAAGAACCUUUUCUAAAAAGGUUUCUCGUAAAUUUGAGGAACGAAGCAACCUCUAGGUGACUUAACCUAGUUUAACACAAACUUCCAAGAAAAAUUUUUAUGGUGUUAGUCUACUACCUCGUUAUCCGUCAACUUGUGGUUCUUUCAAAUCUAACACAGUCAAAGACUCGAUCUCUUCUAAACCCUAUUGAAGUAAGUUUUAACCAACAAUAUUUUCAGAAGUAGUGUUUUGAUGCUCUACGAAAACGCUGGGUCUCUGGUUGUGAAGUUUUGGUUUGAAAACUUUUAAACUCUUUUAAGAAUGGCAAGCUUAGAGUUGGAAAGCAACUUCCUAGAGCUUCAGUUUUGUUCUUAUAUCUUUCCUUGACAGAUUUAUUUCUUUCAUAAGUUUCCACUGUUCAGAUAUAACUGUUGUAAGGAUAUUUCAUUUGUUGAAGUUGUUUAUUGGGCUUUUAUUGCGUUUAUAAUAAUACACUCAAGAGUCUCUGACAAAGACUGAUGAAGCAAUCCAAUGUAAAACUAGUUUUGAAAAGUCGAAUUAUUUUAGAAACUCUAUAUGGUUGGUUGACAGCUGCUGUCAAAUAUUCAAUAGACAUUCCGAUAAAAGAAAAAAUGUGAGAUUAUCAAGAAAUUGGCACAACAAAUGAAGCUAUCCUUAACGUC